CGCUCGAGCAGACUGACUUCCUACAGCAGCGAGUUCAAAAAACUAAACAAACUUGGAGAGUAGCCUAACGCUCAAAUUCUCUUCUAAAGUUAGCAGCCAAACUGCCUUCCCGCCACCUCACAGAAACAUUAGUUUCUCUGCUACAGCAGUGUACUAAUGUGUAGCCUAUCUCCGAAGCAAAGGCAACAUUGUAGCACCUUUGAAAAUGCUGACACCCGUGGUUUCAAUCACAAAGGGUACACUCGUUUCAAACGCCAACUAGUAAGCUGUCUGGAAGAACCGUGAAGAUAUAACUUAACCUCAUUUAAUGACCCAACAACUGUCCAAAAGCAGGAAAUGGCAAGUAAACGCUCCGCUAAGGGAAGUGCUAUUCCAGAAGCGUUUGCCUUAACAGUUGAGUCCAAGGCCGGUGAUGAGCGGAGGGAGGGCGCGGUUAAACCGGGCUCCAGUUCCACCUGGGAGGGGUUCAGGCGUAAGGUGUGUCUGCUGGUUCCGUUCCUGUGGCCCAAGAGCAGCACCAGACUCCAGGCUCUGGUUCUCCUCUGUCUCAGCCUACUGGGUCUAGAACGGUUCCUCAAUGUUCUAGUACCCAUUUAUAACAAGAAGAUAGUUAAUGAGCUGUCGGAGAAGGAGGCUUGGGGAACUCUGGCCUUCACCGUCUGCAUCUAUGUCCUCAUCAAGUUUCUGCAGGGCAGUGGAGCAGGUACGUCGGGCUUUGUGAGUAACGUGCGCUCGUUCGUGUGGACUCGGGUGCAGCAGCACACGUCUCUGCAGGUGCAGCUGCGUCUCUUCUCCCACCUGCACGCACUCUCUCUGCGGUGGCACCUGGGCCGCCAGACCGGGGACGUGCUCCGCAGCGUGGACCGAGGGACUGCCUCCGUCAACAACCUGCUGCUAUACAUUGUGUUCAGCAUCGUACCCACUAUUGCAGACAUAGUCAUCGCCAUCAUCUACUUCGUCUCCUACUUCAACGCCUGGUUCGGCCUUAUCGUCCUCAUCUGCAUGAUCCUUUACCUCACUCUCACCAUUAUCAUCACUGAGUGGCGGACCAAGUACCGCCGUGAGAUGAACACUCAGGACAACAUCGCCAAGUCCAAGGCUGUGGACUCACUGCUCAACUUUGAGACGGUGAAGUACUACAACUCAGAGAAAUAUGAAGUGAAAUGUUUUGAAGAGGCCAUCCUGAAGUACCAGGCGUGUGAGUGGAAGAGUAGUGCGUCCCUGGCGCUGCUGAAUGAGGUGCAGAAUCUCAUCAUCGGGGCCGGCCUGCUGGCGGGAUCACUGCUCUGCGCCCAUUUUGUUACCGUGGAUACCUUUAAAGUGGGGGACUACGUCCUGUUCAGCACCUACAUCAUCCAGCUCUACACCCCUCUCAACUGGUUUGGCACAUACUACAGAAUGAUCCAGAGUGCUUUUGUUGACAUGGAGAAAAUGUUUGAGCUGCUCCUUGAGGACAGAGAGGUGAAGGAUGAGGUCAAUGCUGGGGAUUUGCAGUUCCAAGAGGGGAAGGUGGAGUUCCAGAAUGUUUGCUUCAGCUAUGUUGAAGGGAAGGAGAUUCUGAAUGACGUCUCGUUCGUGCGCUGCCUGGACAGACUGUGGCACUGGUGGGUAUGUCUGGAGCAGGCAAAAGCACGCUACUUAGGCUGCUGUUCCGCUUCUACGAUGUGCAGUCAGGAUGUAUCCGACUCGAUGGCCAGGACAUCAGUAAGCUGUCCCAAAUUCUACUUGGCACUGUCCCAAACUUAA